UCCAGUGUCUCACAGUUUCCAAUAUGGCGGCAUCCAUAGCCAGGUUUUUUUCACGUGUAUCGUGGCAUGGUUCUUGUAUUAUUUUUAAAAACACACUCCCAUGUAUAACGUUAAGGUACGUGUUUCAUCGCUCUGCAACAACCCAAAGUGGAAUUCUUUUUUCGCUAAAUAAACGGGGCAUUUUGAAGGAUGCUUUCCCCGAAAACGCAGCCCAAGAUCAACUUCCUCAACUGCUGCAGUCUGGGUGCCAGACCGUGUACUGCGGAUUCGACCCCACGGCGGACAGCCUUCACGUGGGUAAUUUACUCGCUAUCGUCGGGCUAUUGCAUUUUCGAAGCGCAGGACACAAUGUCAUCGCUCUAAUCGGUGGUGCAACAGCACAGAUAGGGGACCCAAGCGGGAAAACGAGCGAGAGAGAGCAGCUACCGUCUGGUGUAGUGGAGGACAAUACAAGGGCUAUCAGGGAGAGCUUGCAGCGAAUCUUCACCAACCAUGAACUGAAUUUCCACAACGACUCUAAAAAGCUUGGCACUGUAACCCUAUUGAACAAUUUAGCUUGGUACAAAGACUGGAAUGUGGUUGCUUUUCUGUCAGAAGUUGGCAGACGUUUCCGAAUGGGGACCCUGCUCAGUAGGCACAGUGUCCAGUCCAGGCUGAAGAGUGCAGAGGGCAUGAGCCUAACUGAGUUCUCUUACCAGCUGUUUCAAGCUUAUGACUUCUACCACCUGAACCAGAAUCAUAACUGUAAGAUCCAGCUGGGAGGGACAGAUCAGCUGGGCAACCUGAUGUCUGGGCACGAGUUCAUACACAAGGUGACUGGACAGGACGUGUAUGGGCUGACCAUCCCACUGGUGACCAGCUCUGCGGGGGACAAGCUGGGAAAGACAGCAGGCAAUGCAGUGUGGCUGAACAGGGACAAGACAUCUCCGUUUGACCUCUAUCAGUUCUUCCUCAGGCAGCCUGACAACAGUGUGGAAUGGUAUCUGAAGCUGUUCACCUUCCUACCCCUGGCCGAGGUGGAGAGGGUGAUGGAGCAGCAGAGACAGGAGCCAGGCAAACGGCCUGCACACAAACGCCUCGCCGCCGAAAUCACCAAACUGGUCCACGGCAAGGAGGGUCUGGAGAGUGCCAAAAGGUGCACCAAUGCCCUGUACCACAGUAACCUACAGGCCCUGGAGCAGAUGAGCGAUGCUGAGCUGCAGGAGCUCUUCAGAGAGGCCCCUUUCCAUGAGCUGCUGCUGGAGCCAGGGACCACAGUACUGGAUGCCUGCCGCAGGGCAGAGGCCAUCCCCCAGGGGGCCAAAGGGUAUCGCAUGGUAUCAGAAGGAGCCGUAUGGAUCAACCACAGUAAGACAGACAGCCCAGAGCAGGUACUGAUCCCUGGACAGCACCUCUUGGCCAACGGACUUUCUCUCCUCAGAGUGGGCAAGAAGAACUUCCACAUCAUCAAGUGGCUCAAUCUGUGAGUGGCACUGGGACCUUAAAACUCCUAUGGACUGUUUGUGGACUGGAGGUAGGACCGCAAGCUGGGAGGCUUGGGGGAAGGGAGAUGGAUAUUGGAAAUGGACCUGUAUUGUUUCAAUACAUCCCUGUUGGUGUCUGAGGGGAUGUAGUGCACUCUAUAUGUGUGGAUUGAAUGAUGCUGUAAGAUGUGGUAUUAAAUAUAUUUGUUAGAAGGCUUUUGUCUUGUUAGUUGUAUGUUACAUACUGUGUCCGUAAACUGUUUUAUUUUUGUGAUCAUUAGAUAUUAGAUAGCAGAUUUGCCUACUAUUGAAUUUCACCACUAGGUGUCAGUAUCGUCUUCUCUUUCAAUGAGGACCGGGAAAAGCCUCCUUUAGCAAGCCUGAAGCAAAGCUCGGUUGCAAGACCCUAGUUACAUCCAGGAAUUAAAAUUCAAUGGGAAAAAUAUCUUACAGCUAAAAUAGAUGAUCAUUCUAAAUAAAAAAAAUGACAAUAGGAAUAGGAAACAUGGGAAGUAUAUUUCCUGAAGAAAAUGUGUGCUUGCUAGCUUGUUUUGAAGUAUUUCUGGUUUUGAAAUAAGUUCUAGUAGUGGUACUGACUAAUGGUGCGUGGGUCAGCUGUUUGUUCACCUGCACCCGCCCGCAAUUGCUAAUAACCCAUCUGCAACCGCCCGACUAUAUGUGAUGAAAUAAGAUGUAGAAAAUGCGCUAAAGGCAGCAGAACGAUUUUUGACAAUGGGUGCAGAAUUUUUGGGGGGCUGAUUUUGAUAUGUUUCUGCUUAUAAUUUCCGACAUAUUGGUAGGCUGUUUGUUAGUCAACUUGCCAAUAAUUAGAUGCAUGUAGCUUCGCUUCUGUCAUUAUAUGUUUCCCUAAAAGACUACAUAAAGCCUUGCUCACCAGAAUAAUGUCAUAGAUCCCUAGAGUGAAUGCUUCAAUCUAGUUGACAUCAGUAAUAUUUUCUCUGUCUUCUUUCUCAGAGCAAAUACGUUUAGGGACUGGGGAGAAAAUUCAAUAACGCAAAAAAUAUAUAUAGUCUGUGCAAAAUGUCCAAAUGACAUCAGUUUGACCGGUUGUAAGGAAAAAGAAAGCUGUGAAAAUGACCCAAAGUGUUUCUGAUAAUAUUUCAGUUUGGCUUCGAUGCAUAUUUUAUGUGUUUGAAAUACUAUCAGCUUUUAUGUUGCUCUUAUGAUGAAGACAGCACCUCUACAGAUCUAUCUAACUGAGCAAUGCAUUCUAUCAAAAUGCAGAAAGAAAGAAAUCAUAUUUCUCCACUCCUGUUCCUAAGUCCAAAUUUUGCCUACAUUUGGUGUAUAAUUUUACUGCAAGAAAUGCUUCAUUCUGCCGGCAUUAUUAUUAAGGAUAUGUGAGAGGUUAAAGACUUAGAGUCAGUGUCCAGAUUUCAGUUUCCAUUUAACCCAUCUGAACAGGAGACUACAGUUCCCUUGACCUGCCAUAGGCCUAUUUGAAGUCCCGUCUUGUGACUGUCGGAUUUGUACAGCGCCUCACAAUCAUCACACACAUCAUCCUCUUUUACCACUUCACUAGAUCUUUUCCAAACAUGACUUUUCUGGCCCUCCCUUCUCUUUAUUUUCAACUCUCCUUUCACAGCUUUGGUCUUAUUGAAUUAAACUUCAACAAUGUCAUUUCUGCCUCCGUGGAUUGACAUUAACUUUUUCUGCCCGUUCCCAAAAGCAUUAUUUGGCGAUUGGCUGUGUAGGCUAUUUGGCGCAUACAGUUAAGUCCUAAAGCUUAGGUUUAUGCACUAAUACCAGAUAGCUUAAAAUAAUGACAGAAAAACCUCAAUGUAGCCUAUAUAAAUUGCACAAGAAUUAUACAUUUUAUGGAUUUUUUAAGGUAUUGUUUCUCUUUGUUCAACCCGCCCGCCAUGCACCCACCCUUCAGCCACACAAUAUUUAGUGACCCAAACCCGUCCGCCAUGCGGAUUAUGAGUCGACCCGCCCAUCACUAGUUGUGACUCCAGUAGUAAUGGUGGUGACUGGUUAUAGUUGGAAAAGUAUGUAUAUGGAAAGAUUGAUUGAAUGGAUAGCCUGAACAUGGUGUCUAGCUUGAACGGUUCAAUAUUUACUCAGCGUUUCACCUAGGAUGCCUUUCAUUGGCAAGGGGGGGGCGCCACUGCUAGGUGCAUAUAGGUGGAACACAGUCUUGGUGGUUGGGGUAUUUUUAUUUGGUUGUUAUUAAAAUAAGCUGUUAAUGUGUUUCAACACAUGCUUUCUGUUUAUAUAGUUGUAACAAAGGCACUCCACAAAUAAAAUUGAUUGAACACUUGAA